UCCAUAUUGUGGAUAGAACACGUUAUGCUCACAAGAUUAAAAAAAUGCCGAGCUUUUCUUUUCUAAAUGAACGAUAGCGGCUUUUAUCAAGUUUUUAUGGAAUAAUAUUAAUUCAAAACUAUGAACAAUUCAAGCGAACUACUGAAGACCACGGACGGCGUCGCUGCCUUAGACGUCGACUCUUACCUGGCAUUAAUGAUGGGCGAACGACGUCGCGACAUGGCGUCCGUGUGGUUAUUGACGUUUGCGUACACGAUUAUUUUCAUUACGGGCAUUACCGGGAACGUAUGCACGUGCAUAGUAAUAGUUAGAAACGCAUACAUGCAUACGGCUACAAACUACUACCUCUUUAGUCUCGCCAUGUCGGAUAUGCUUACCCUGUUAUUUGGUUUACCAACAGAGGUUUAUGGAAUUUGGGAAGCAUACCCGUGGUCUUUUGGGGAACCGCUCUGUAUUUUCAAAUCUUUUCUGGCGGAAAUGACGUCAUACGCCUCUGUUCUGACUAUAACGGCGUUCACCAUUGAGAGAUACAUCGCCAUUUGUCAUCCAUUAAAAGCGCAGACGUUAUCGAAUCUGUCGAGAGCAGUGAAAAUGGUGUUCUCAAUCUGGGUUAUUGCCUGCUUGUUUGCUCUUCCUUACCCGAUUCACACUAGGGUCUUCCCGUAUAUAGUCAUCAACGGAACCGGUAUUGCGGAUUCGCUGCAGUGUAACAUCCCAUUUGAGUGGCAAAAGGGGAUGACACACAUGUUUCAAAUUUCUACUUUUGUAUUCUUCGUCUUUCCAAUGGCAGUGAUAACAAUUAUGUACGGGCUGAUUGGAAUUCAGCUGAGGAAUUCUCAACUGGAUUCAAAACAUAAAUCAAAAACUCGAGCAAGAAGGGCUGUUGUAAGAAUGCUCAUUGCAGUUGUUGUCGCUUUCUUCGUCCAGUGGGCCCCGUUUCACGCCCAAAGAUUGAUGACGUCAUACAUGCCCACAGAAAAAUGGACACCGUCACUUAUUAAGUUCCAGAGCGACCUGUUCUAUAUAUCAGGAGUGCUUUAUUUUUGCAACUCAACAAUCAACCCCAUUCUCUACAACUCAAUGUCAAAGAAAUUCCGUCUGGCGUUCAAGAGGACGCUGUGUCGAUGCUGCUACACGUCGGAAGAACUGCUGGAAAUUAAUGGAAAGUCUAAAACAAUAUACUACUCCGAUAAAACAAACGUCAAACGGCUUCCAACAUACAGAGUAUCAAAUGUUGCUUUCGGCAAUUUAAAUGGAACCAAAGUUAUAUCCAUUAAACCUGAUGCUGUUUAUGGGAGGGUUGCAAAUAUGAACGCAAACAACCAGAGGUUGUCUCCGACAAGGUGUUGCUGUAAUUAUAGCCCUGCUACCGGGAGACUAAUAGAAAUGGCCUAUCAAGAUCCCCAUUGUCAUCUUGUGUCCCCAGAGUUGACAUCUCGAGGAAAAGGCUUUGCACCUAGAGCUUUAGGAGUUCGUUAUAAUUUCUCAACCAAUACUAGCCUGGUAAGCUUAGCGGAACUAGAAUCAGAUUCGGUAAUUGAACUCAAGUCGAUGUCUAGCUCAAGUAGCGCGAAUCUGUUGUCAACCAAACUGCCUCCAUCACCAACAAAAGGGUAUUUUAACAAUCGCGAUUCAUGUGUAUAGCAUUCGACAGUGUUUAGUAUUUCGUGCGAAAAUUAAACUAAACAGUC